AUGAGUAGAAACGCAGGUGACUUUCAAAGAUUUGCUAAGAUGCUGCAACAACAGGUUGCAAAAGCACAACAGAAUCCAAGAGGAAAUCCGGGUCCCGGUGUGCCUAAAGGUGUAUUUUCAGGCGUUGGGGCACUGUUAUUACUUGGUGGUGCUGCUGUGUUGGGUAAUUCAGCUUUGUUCAACGUUGAUGGUGGUCAUAGAGCAAUUGUUUAUUCGCGUAUUGGUGGUGUCUCUAAUAAGAUAUAUACUGAAGGUACUCAUUUUGUGAUACCUUGGAUUGAAACUCCGGUGAUCUAUGAUGUCAGAGCAAAACCCCGUAAUGUUGCUUCGUUGACAGGUACUAAAGAUUUACAAAUGGUGAAUAUUACAUGCAGAGUCUUAUCUAGACCAAACGUCACUCAACUUCCCACUAUAUACCGUACUUUAGGCCAAGACUAUGAUGAAAGAGUGUUACCUUCUAUUGUGAAUGAAGUUUUGAAAGCAGUUGUUGCACAAUUCAAUGCUUCCCAAUUAAUUACUCAAAGAGAUAAAGUUUCAAGAUUGAUACGUGAUAACUUGGUUUUAAGAGCUCAGAAGUUUAAUAUUACUUUAGAUGAUGUUUCAAUAACAUAUAUGACUUUCUCUCCCGAGUUCACCACUGCUGUAGAAGCUAAACAAAUCGCUCAACAAGAUGCACAAAGAGCAGCUUUUGUAGUGGAUAAAGCAAGACAAGAAAAACAAGGUAUGGUCGUUAAAGCUCAAGGUGAAGCUAAGUCUGCAGAAUUGAUUGGUGAAGCAAUUAAAAAAUCAAAAGAUUACGUCGAACUUAAAAGAUUGGAUACAGCUAAAGAUAUCGCUGAUAUACUGGCUAAGUCGCCUAAUAGAGUGGUAUUAGACAACGAAGCAUUGUUAUUGAAUACUCUAUCUGAUGCUCGUUUGAAAAAAGAGAAAUAG